AUGGAGACAGAGGACGCCGUUCCCCAAUCCGCCGAGGUGAUGUCCAUCGCCUCGCCCAUCAACCUGAUCCUGCUCUCUCUCUUCCUUGUGCUGGUCUACUACCAGUUCUUCCGACCCAAGCGGCCCGUGGAAUUGCCCCAGAAACCCGCUCCCGUCGUCUUCCGCACCUUCACCCCGUCCACCCUGCUGCCCUUCAACGGCGAGGGCGGUGCGCCGGUCUACCUCGCCGUGCGGGGUCGCGUGUUUGAUGUGACGCCUGGAAAGCACUUUUACGGACCGGGCGGACCAUACGCCAACUUCGCCGGCCGCGACGCCUCCCGCGGUCUGGCCUGCCAGAGCUUCGACGAAGAGAUGCUCACCAAGGACCUGAAAGGGCCGCUGGACGACCUGAGUGACCUGACCCCAGAGCAGUGGGACAACCUGAAGGCAUGGGAAGAACGGUUCCUGGAGAAAUAUCUUGUGGUAGGGAAGUUGGUGGCGGAGGGUGACCCGGAGGCGCCGAAGUCGUGA